AUGACUCAAAUUCCUGAAAAACCGGAACGAAAUAAUAGCGAAACUGCUUCUGAAUCACAAAGUGCGCCGAUCCCAGAACAGACUCUACAGACACCACCACAAAUGAAUUUUCAAACGUCAGAUGUGAAAACUUCAGAAUCUACAACAAUUACACCAACGUCCUCGAAUGCGCUACCGGCUCCACAUUCCAUUUCGAUACCGCCGGCAAUUUAUAAUGCGCAUUCAAGUCCAGACUCAAAUUAUGCAAACCUGUAUACAUACAAGUAUGGAAACGUGCACUUUCAACCGUCAGCUGAACCGCCGCCACCAUACAGCUCAGUCGUGCCUGCGCGCGCCUCCACUUCUUCACGACCGCACAUUGUAAAUAUAGUGGAUGAGGAACGUCAAUCAGGAAGACGACAGGGGAGAAGGAAACGCCAAAAUUGUUCACCGUUACCUCGCUGGGUCAUCGUUCUGAUCGUGAUAAUCUUAAUACCCCUCAUUAUAUCCAUUACGUCGGUGAAGAUUAGCGGCAAAGAUCCUUUUGAUGGGACUUACAGUACAGACACAAAUCAACCGCAAAAAGAUUCGAUGACAUAA